AUGUAUAGGAAUCAACGCUGGAUUUUCCAGCAAGACAAUGAUCCCAAACAUACUUCAAAGGAAGUUCGUACAGACCUUCAAUUAAAACUGCCUGGCCGCGUUUUGCCUUGGCCGUCAUAUAGCCCAGAUAUGAACCCGAUUGAGAAUAUUUGGGCAAUUCUCAAGCGAAAG